AUGAAUAUCGAGAAAAAGCCCCAAAAGAGAUUACCUUUUCAGAAAGAAACUCAAGGAGAGGCGGAAGAAGAAGGUGAUCGACGAUGGUUGCCAGAGACUUUGCAUCCAUACGGUCGAUUCUACAUGACCUGGCUGUUCCUGGUGACUAGCGCCUUCCUCUACAAUGCGUAUUGCAUUCCACUAAGAAGCUCGUACCCUUACCAGACUAAGUCGAAUCUGCUCUACUGGCUGAUACUGGACUACACAUGUGAUAUCAUCUACUUCAUCGACAUGGUUCUUAUAAAGCCAAGGCUCAGAUUUAUGAAAGGAGGGAUAUCAGUGAAAGCACGCGAUGAGACCCUGAAGCACUACCUGAUGAGUUCCGUGUUCAAACUCGAUCUCUUUGCAAUGAUACCUACCGACUUCAUUUACAUCUACAGCGGCCCCACACCAAUCUGGAGAUUGAACAAAUUGACCAAGGUAGGCAUUUUAUUAUUUUUUACAAAUAUAUCAAUGGAGCCAACUGAGGUUCUUUUAAUACUUCGAUUCCAUCGCCUCAUCCUUUAUCUUUCUAUCUUUUAUCUAUCUAUCUUUUAUCCUUUAACUUUAAUUCUUCGGAUUCGAUCGCCUCUGCGUAUGGGCGAUAUUCCUCAGUUAUUGAUCUUGAGCUUUUCUGGGAAGAGUUUCUGA